CCAUGUUACAUUUAACCUUAAAGUUCUGUAAUGUUAUUUUUGUGAUGUAAAUAGUAAUUUAGUUAAGCAAACUAUGGAAAAAGUAUUGCACUCAAACAUAAGAACGGCCGCCAGACUUCUUUUAGAAAAACACAUUAAAUCAACUGAUUUACUAAAAACCUCAUUUAUUAAAGCCAAAAAUUUAAAAAAAUACAAUGCAUUUAUAACUCUAACAGAAAAUGAAGGCACCAGUCAAGCCGAGAACUCAUUACAAAGGUUUCAAUUGGAUAAACCAAAGUCAGAACUGGAUGGAAUACCUAUUGCAAUUAAAGAUAAUUUUUGUACAAACAACAUAAAGACAACAUGCGCCUCAAAAAUGUUGGAAAAUUUUGUCCCUGCAUAUAAUGCAACAGUUUAUGAAAGGCUACAAGAUUCUGGAGCUUGCCUUGUGGGUAAAACCAAUUUAGACCAAUUUGCUAUGGGGGCUGGAACAGUGGAUUCUAUUUAUGGCCCAACAAAAAAUAUAUGGGGGUAUAAGGAGGGUUCAGAGGAAUUUUAUAUAUCCGGAGGAAGUAGUGGAGGUAGUGCCAUAGCUGUUUCUUCAGGGGCAUGUUUUGGUGCUAUAGGCUCAGAUACUGGUGGUUCCACAAGAAAUCCUGCUUCUUACUGCGGUUUAGUGGGAUUAAAGCCCACUUAUGGGUUGGUUUCUAGACAUGGUUUGAUACCAUUGGUUAAUUCCAUGGAUGUACCAGGUAUUUUGACCAGAACUGUGGAUGAUUGUGUUUCAAUUUUGAAUGCAGUUGCUGGUUUUGAUGAAAAAGAUUCCACAUCAUUGACAAAACCAUAUAAUAAAAUAAGACUUCCUCCUUUCAACAAAUUAGGUGUGCAAGGUUUGAGGGUAGGUAUUCCUAUUGAAUACCAUUCAGAAUUUUUAAGGGAUGAAGUUUAUGACACCUGGAAUGAAAUAGCUAAUAUAUUGGAAAAAUAUGGUGCUAAAAUUAAACAGGUUUCUUUGCGACAUACAGAGUUUAGUAUAGUAUGUUACUCAAUUUUAAACCAGUGCGAAGUGGCCAGCAAUAUGGCCAGAUACGACGGUAUUGAGUUUGGACUUAGAGCAGACAACCAUUCAUCAACUGAAAAAUUGUUCGCUACCAGCCGAAGUUUGGGAUUUAAUGAAGUUGUUCGAAAUCGUAUAUUGACUGGAAACUACUUCUUACUUACCAGGAAUUACGAAAAAUAUUUCAACCAAGCUUUAAAAGUAAGAAGGUUGAUUUCCAACGAUUUCGACAAUGUUUGGGAGGAUGUACAAGUAUUGCUGACACCUACAACGUUGUCUACCGCCCCUUUGUACAAAGAGUUUAUUCAAAAAACGAAUAGGGACCAGUGCGCGUUACAAGAUUAUUGUACGCAGCCAGCAAACAUGGCGGGUAUUCCAGCAGUCAGUAUUCCUAUAAAAUUAUCCAAAAACGGUUUGCCACUAAGUUUACAAGUAAUGGGUAAAAAUUUAAGCGAACCCAUGAUUUUAGCUUUAGCGAAGUUUAUCGAAGGUAUUGUAGAGUUCAAACAUUUUACAUAAAUAAAAUUGUUUAUUUUUAACUAAAACAGUUUUUAAUUUAAUCUAUAAGAGUUUACUCACCAAUAACAUUUUUUCCUUUAAUUAACGUGACGCGC